CAGCUGCGCCAACCACUUGGCGGCGUUCCUGUGUGGACGUGGGUUUGAUGGGCGCAUCUUCUGCCUCACUGUUCCUGGAGCUGCUGAAACGGGUUCCACAGCAGCCAUCGCAUCAGCAGCAGAACAGCCUUCCGUCGGUCACGUACACGGCACCAGUCUUCCCGCAUCCGGCCGCAGGGAACUCCACUUCAGGAACCGGUGAAGAGCCCGUGCUGGUAUGGAUGCCAUACCAGCACAAUGCCCUGACGAGCCUCGUCCUCUACGGUGUGCUGGCUGUGCUCGGUACCACGCUCAACAUAUUCCAGAUCUCAUCGCUCUUCAUCCAGGAGAACUUGAGGCGAAAGGGCAAUGUGCUGCUCGCGAACCUUGCCCUCGCCAACCUGCUCGUGUCAUCGGUCGGCUUCCCGGUGACGAUCGUGGCCAUUCUGGCCGGCAGCCAGGGCAGCUUAAUCACCUGUCGCUGGCAGUGGUACCCCGCACUAUUGGGCUUCUACACCACAGUGUUCACCUUCCUGUUCAUCGCGGCCGAAAACUACGUGCGCAGCUGUCGCCAGGACCGGGACGUCUACUCGUCCGUGUGCGGCGCAAAGCUGGUCGUCUUCCUGAUGUUGGCAGCCUGGACGAUCGCAAUCUCGCUGGUUCUUGUCGUCACCCUAGUUACAGGUGGCCUAGAUGUCUGCGAAAGGGACAUGCGCGAAAGUAAAAUGUUCGUAGCGCUGUGCGUUCCUUUCGCACUCACCGCCGCUGUGUUCGCCAAGGCCAUGCACGAACAACGGGACUAUACAUACAAUCUGGAGCUGCGAAACUGCCUGGCCACUCGCGAGGAGAUACUCCAGCGAACCCUUCUGCGUACCAACGCCAUUGCGUACGCUCUGUUCCUUCUUCUUUGGCUUCCUUUCCUGCUAACGGUCAUUAUCAGCCCGUCCAUGCGGAGCUCCAACCCAGGCACAUCAGCUGUCGAGACGCUUUUCUUCACCGCCCAAUGCUUUAGCUGUAUUUGCGGCUGCGUGUACGCCUUCACACACGACGCGUUCCGCCAGGGCUUUCUGUACUUGGUCCACUAUUUCUGCUGCAAGAGUCACCCCGAGUUCAGCAAGCCGCCUAUCGGUGACAACAAGGCAACCAGCUCUAUAAGAGUGCACGUGGGCAUGGAUUCUCGUGUCGGGGAGCGCAGGCAUCGCUACGGCAAGGCUGCAACUAUGGGCCUACUCAGUUUUGCUGGAGCAGACACCUGCCGGACUCGCGUAGAGGAGGACUUUCUCUGACGCGCACGUCCGCUGCUGCCCCACGACGCGCAUUAGGGCUGCCUUUCCUGGCUCAAACAGAGGCUCGUGGCGUGCCACCUGAGCACUCGACAUGUCGUUGAGUUUCAGGGAACAAUCUAGUUCUGUCUUCCGGUCUGGUGCCGGUUCAUGCUUUCCUCUUUCGGGUCGCAUCGACACCAUCUGCGAAACCACAAGACUCUAUCUCUCACGUGCCCAUUAAAUCCCAUAACAUUCUGUCGAUGGACAACAUGUCCCGACCAUUCGGUGCGAGGCACCGGCCGCCUGGCGCGCUACUAGGCUCAAGCAUGCACGAGCACUGCGCGUCCUUUGAUUCCCGAGCUGUCUCUACACGCUGCGGCGGCAA